UUGGAGCGCACGAGGAUCGGAGGGAGAGCGCGAGAAGGGACAGAGCAGAGCCCUGUCGACAUUUCUCAAACCAAGAUCGAAAGACGCGAAGUUUGUGACUCUGGAGACUGUCCGUGUCUUUUGUCGCUUGUCAGAGUUUUAGAGUGAUAGUGAAUACGAUAUCAGGAUACAGCUUUAGCCACUGCGCGCGGGUAUCUCCAUGAGGGCGCGCGAACAAGAAGUCAGUGUACCGUGUCUCGCAGGUACAGAGCAUACGAGGCAGCGAGUGAUCUCCUCCCUCAGGGUGCGUCAGUGAUACUCCCCCCUCCUCCCGUCCCCCGUCUCCCGUCUCAAGACAGCAAAACCUCCCCACAACCAAGGUCGUCCGUCGCCAUGCCAACCAGUCCGACACACAAGAUGGCAGAGCUCUUCCUGACCAGCACCCUGCCUCUGUCCGAGUUCGACCCUUCCUCCUCCUCCUCUUCCUCCUUCCUGAGCCUGGAGCAGAGGGCGGCCUUCAUCUUCCUCCUCAUCCUCCUCAUCCUCCUGGGCCUGUUGGUGGUGCGAUGCUUCCGUAUCCUGCUGGACCCCUACCGCAGCAUGCCCUCCUCCACCUGGACAGACUACAUGGAGAAGGACACCUUAGACUACCGCAUCGCCUGAUAGGCUGCCCUUUUGAACCGCAUCACCUGAUAGGCUGCCCUCCACUCAAACAUAUCCUGAUAAGUUGCCCUCAACCAAUACAUUUUAUUACAGGAUUCCUUUCAUUAAGACGUUUCCUGAUAGGCUGCCGACCACCGAGACAUUAUAUGAUAGUUUAUACUCUACUAAGAAAUCAUUUGAUAGGCUGCUGUCCACUAAAACAUCGCCUGAUAGGCUGCUCUCCAGUACAGCCUUGCCUGAUAGGCAUCCAGUUCCACACAGCCUUUAGAGGAUGCUGUUUUUAGUAUGUCAGCUACUUUUCACUCUCCGCCCCGAUGGGGAGUUUCGACACGGUUCAAAGAGACUGUCUGGCAGCAGGGGUCCUUUUCCCUGGUCCCACGGGUGGCCGCAGCUUUGCCUGAGUGAAAAGUUAACUGGAACAGAGCAGUUUUCCUCAGGGCCAGCCCUCUCCUGCAGCCUAAGAUAUGACUGGUCGACUGGCCGACCCUGACGAAGCCAAUCACAAACCUGAGUGGCCAUCCUGAAAGGGACGGUCAGGGGCGCCGCCAUGAAUUUUGGCCCCCAUAGAAAAAAAUAGAUAAUUUCUAUUAGUUUUUCUAUUUUUGGGGGUCCCUGUCAGUCAGGGGCCCCUGGAAUUGUCCUAACUUUUCCCCCCUAUACAGCGCCCCUGGGGACAGCACUUCCUGUAGUGAGGUCUGAAAUGCUGUCAGAGGUGAAGAUGGGUUUUUAAUGCUGCAGUCAUCAGCUUUUUCUGUGUUAGGUUCUCACACCACACACACACACUUCUGACUGACUCUCAGGCAUGGGUGAUUGCUUGGGGAGGGUUGACUGGUUGUGGGUGGGGUGGGGGUUAUCUCUUCAAUUAGGUGGUGAUUUUCCUGUAUGUCUGAGGAGAGAGCAUUCUAUACCCUCAGCGAUGAUAUGCUUAGUCAUCAUUACUCUGGGGGUGAGGGUGGGGGGGGGGACAGCAAAGACAGAAAUAUGAAUAAACUGCUUCUGUCUUUUUCCUCUACUCCUCUCUCUCUCCCUCUCUCUCUGCAUGAGAAAACACACCCCAGAGCCAGACAGACACACACA